AAACAUCCUCUUGCCCGCUUAUUCCGAAAUCGCUUAACCUCGAUACACCAUGGAGAUUGACGAGCGUCUUGAACUCAUGCAUGGGGUGCAGACCUCGAUCUGGGCCCGGAAGGUGAACCAAGCGAUCAACAGUGGGCAGCUUUGCGAGUGGGUGUCGACCUUUCACCCGACUCGACUCCCCUGUCAGCCCGACGACAGCACCAAGUUCAGGAACGGCGGGUACAAUCUGGGGCAGAAGGUGAUCUUCAGCGACGGGACCUCGUGGCUAGUCCGAUUCGCCCAGGCCGGUUCUGUUUGCGACGAAUACGCUGAUGAAAAGGUGGCCGUGGAGGUGGAAGCCCUGAGCCUCAUCCGCGCGCGGACGGCGAUCCCCGUUCCAGCCAUCCAUGGCUGGGGCUCCUCGGAGGCCGACCCUCUUGGCCUCGGUCCGUUCAUCAUAAUGGACUUCAUCGACGGCGUCCCUCUGCAGGAUAUCCUCAAGAAGGAGGGUCAGGAUGAGGGGAUUAUGAGGGACGACGUUGCCGACCACGACCUGGAGAAGAUCUAUCGACAAAUGGCUCGCAUCUUUCUCCAGCUUUUCCGUCUCGACUUUGAGUCGAUCGGCAGCCUGCCAACCCCGGUGACCGGUUUCCCGGCGUCUGCACGCCCUCUGACUUUCAAGGUUCACGAAAUCAUUCAGCAGGGGGGAGUCGGGGAUCGUUCUUUGCGCUUCUCGGAUACGGUAGAGUACCUUCGGUAUGUCUUCGGACAGGAUUGGGAGCAGCUUGCCCGCCAGGCAAACUCGGUUGCUGGUGAACACGAGGGCAGGCGGAAGCUGACCACAUUCAACACCGUCCUGUCCCUGAUUCCCAGCUUCGUUCAUGCCGAGUACGACUGGGGCCCGUACAAGCUCGUGUGCGACGACUUUGGCCUAGCCAACGCCAUCGUCAGAAGCCGGGACGACCUGACCAUCGUCGGGAUUGUGGAUCUCGAGUGGUCUUAUGCCGGGCCUGCCCAGCUCUUCGCCUCCCCGUGGUGGUUACUACAGACGCGGCUGAGCAUCUACGAUGCCCAGAGGGACAAGGAAGCACCCGAGGUCCUCGCGCGAUUCCUCCGAUGCCUCGAGAUCUUCAAGCGUGUGCUGAAAGAAGAGGAGGCGGCGAUGCGGGGACAUGAAUCCAAGGAGCUGUCCUCGCUGGUUGAGUGGUCGCACGCGUCGGGCGCCCUGUGGCUUCACAUCCUCCUGUCCUCCGGCUUCAACUACCCCGACAGCAUCCCGUUUGCGCAGCUGAGAGACCAUUUCGGUGCUGACAAGUUUGAGCAACUGAACCAGAGAUUCCUCCGCACUGAGGUGAUGGAGGCGCUGGUGAAGAAGAAGAUGAAGCAGUUGAUGGAAUACGAUGACGCCUUUGAUCAGGUGCAGGCAUUGAAGGAAAGUCAGGAGGCUGGGGAUAUCAACGAAGAGGAAUUCCUCACAGAGGCUGCUAAGCUGUGCUGAUUUGCCUGGGACUUCUGGUUGUGUUUUGGCUGUUCCUCUUUCCUCUUUCUUUUAUAUAUAUAUGUGUGUGUGUGUGUGUUUUUCUUCCCGACUAGGUCGAUACGUG